UUGCCACGUCACGUGACCCGCGAGCGCCAUUUUGGUAUUCACUUUGGCUAGUUCGCGUACGCAGGAGCCGCCGCCGCCGCAGCGCGCCGUCGUGCACUGCUGCCCGAAGGUUUCGCGAAAAAGUUUGCAGCUUGUCAGCAGGCAAAUGCUGCAUUAAUUCUUCUAGAAAAGCAUCAUCAACUUCAAGAAAAGGACCCACAAAUGGCAGGCUCCUGCAGCAAAAAUGGUGUCCACUAAGGGGGAAAAUACUAAUGAGUCAAUGCCAAGCAGCACAGUACACCUUCCAGGAGAAAGCAAACAUAAAAGCACAGAGAAUAUGGAAGACACAACAGUGAAUGCAAAGACAGAAGAAGAUGAUAGCUUGGCAUCUCGACAAGAUGACAGCAAUGAUAAGGAUUCGACUAGUUCCGAGCCAGGUCGCAAUGGAGUUGCUGAAGAUAGCUCUAUGCCCGCGAAGGAGUCUCAGAACUCUGGUGACGUUAAGCCUAGCAAAGAAGCAUUGGAACAGCCACUGGAAGAGGAAAGUGAAGAAGAAGGUGGGGAUGAAGAAGAGAAAGUGCAGCCUGGCCUUCCCAAGUUCCUUCGUCGUUACGUGAAGAUUGGCAAGUAUGUACCAGUGUCUAUGCCAAAGAGUGGUGACUUUCGCAUGGAAGAAUUAGAGGCUUUGCUAGAAGCACCAUCAUUGGUGACUCCCCUGCUUAUUAAAAAACCAGACCAGUUUUUUACUGAAAAUGGUGCAGCCCGUGACAAAAAACCUGAAAAGAAAAGAGUGUCUCCUUUAGGAAAGGGGGGCAACUCUGUAAGUGACUUUUUCCAGAGCACAGCUGGGGAGUUCUUAAUUGGUCUUGGACUGAGUAGGGCUCUUGAAGUGUUCAACCGGGAUCUAAUACGGCUUAAGGAACGUGAAAUGAAGAAGGCAGGCGGCCGUACGCAAGAGAUGAUUGAGGAACACCGUAGGCUGACUGAAGCACACCAGCAAGCUAAAAUUGCCAAUGCCCCAUACACUUUCAAGGUGAAGCCUUGCAGAGUGUGCGACUUCAAGACUGAAUCAAGUCUUGUCCUAGAAGGCCACCUACUGACACCACAUUUUACGUCACGUCGGGAACUUCAGUGCAGUUUUUGCAACUUUGUGACACGUGAUGCCAAGGCCAUUGUGUUCCACAUGGAAGCUAUCCACAACAAACUGCCAACCAUGGAGCCCCCACCACAGUUCUAUGAGUGCCCUUUUUGUCCUUUCGAGACCAACCUUAAGACUAAAGCCAGUGGCCAUGUCAACCGUUGCCAGAAAUAUUUCAACAAUGGCAUGAAUCAGCUGCCAUCUGGUGACUUUCAGCCUCCAGGAGUGACAGCUAAGCCAAUUACUAUAGAAGACAUUAAAACUUAUGAAAAGUUCUUUCUGGCAUUAGGCACUAAUGCUGCAGCUCCAGCAAAAGGUGGCCAAAACCGCACAUACACUGCACUGAGCCGGAAUGGAGCCCCUGCACUUGCAGGUCCCCGGGGAGCAGCCCCACCGCUUUACCAGCAGCUGGCGUCAACUGCAUCGCUGAAUCAGAACCGGGGACGUGGACGUCCUAGGCUAGCUUUGAUUCAGCCAGCUCCUGUAUCCAACCAAGUGUUCCAAGUUGUUGGUAGUGGUUCAGAAGUGAUUCCACUGCUUAAUGGAAGCCCACAGCUGACUGUGACCCUUGCCCGCGCUCCAACGCCUGCCAACAAUGGCAAUACAAGACCAGGUCCUCGUGCCGCAGCUCCUUUGCAAGCCCAACAACAAACCCCACCAGGCCAGCGACCACGAACACCUGUGAUCCUUGAAUCUAGUGGUUCAGGUGCAGCUUUUGUCAUCUGCGAAAUCUGUGAUGGCUAUAUAAAAGACCUGGAGCAGCUGCGUACACACAUGCAGUGGAUACACAAGGUGAAGAUCCACCCUAAGAUGCUCGCUUCCCGCCCUCCACUUAACUGUCAGAAGUGCCAGUGGCGUUUCUUCACGGAUCAAGGGCUGGAGCGCCACCUCCUUGGUGCUCAUGGCUUGGUCACAUCCAACAUGCAGGAUCUGGCCAACUCUGGCCAAGAUGGUGGUCGCUGCACUGUGUGUGGCCGCAUCUAUGCCUCCAAGCUGGUUGCUCACAUGAGUCAGGUGCACCGUGUGGUCUUGAAGCCAGCGCAUCUCUCCUACAAGUGCACAGUGUGCACAGCAACGUUCAACCUUUACAAGCUUUUUGAAACACAUGUAUACACAGUGCACAGUGGGGCCAUGAAGCGUUCUUCUGCUGCUGCAUCAGAUGACAGGCCUGCAAAGCGACCAGCCGUGGCCCCGCCCUCACUUCCUGUGGCCCCUACAAAAGCAGCCACUGUUUCGACAAAGGCAGAAGCCAAGCCUGAGCCCAAGGAAACUGCCAGCGUGCCAGCAAAACCUGCACCCAAGCCUCCCACUUCUGCGAGUAGCAAGGUGGAGGAGGCAGCCCCCGCAAAAGUGGCCACUCCUGUUGCAUCAUUGGAGCCAGCCGAGCCUCAAGUGGGCAACCGAUGUGCAACUUGCAAGGAGAAUGUGGAGGACUUGGCAGAACACCUGAAGGAAAAGCACAUACGGCGUUGCCAUGUUCGUGUGUGCCACAUUGAAAAGUGCGACCGGUGCCUGUGCUCCUUCGAUGGCAUGAUUGUGCUACACACAUCAGACUUUGGUGAUGAGGACAGCUCAGAGGAUGACGAGGAGGAGGAUGAGGAGGAUGCUGCCCGUCAGGAACCCAUGGAUGUGGAUGGGCCCCGCUGCCCUAAAGACGCUGGUGGACAAGACUUGAAAAAGCCAGAUGUGGAUGACCAGCAGGCUGAUGGGGAGUGACCUUGACUCAUGUGCUUAGGAGUGUCUUGAAAUUUUUUGGUGGCAUUCGGAGCCUGGCUGGAAGGAGGUCUCCGGAGUGCAGUAGUGGCACCAAGUGACUGGGGAAUGAACACGUGAUGUUCAUCAGUACCAUUGCUCCUGCACCAUUUCCUGCUGUAGUGGCUACUGAGUAAUACUAAAUUGGCCACUCCCUUACUAUUCUUAACUUCUGGAAAAGGAAGGACACUCACUGUAGGAGUGCUUUGGAGAUGGCUUUAUCCUCAGUCCUCCCCUCAGAAUUGCACAAGGACUGGCCGCAGAAAACCAGCCCUGGAGUGGUUACCUUCUCACAUGAAAAACUGGUGUGCGACACAUUUAUUUUGAAAAAUGAUAUUUAUAUUUAUAUAAUGUUUUUUGCUUGCCUCUUACAGCUUCAUUUAGUAGUUUGAUCUCUCUGGGUGCGCUAUUUACCUUUGUUAGCUAUACCUAAUGUACUUUUAUUUUAAUAUACCUUAUUUUUAAAACAGGAAAUUUACAAUUUAGUGUUAAAUCAUUUUCUUCUUGCUAUAUACUUUCUUUUACCUCUCCCCCCCCCUCCUUUUUUUUAGUAAUACUCAUGCAAUGCUCCUAAGCAUGCUUUUUCACCAUCUGUACCACACUCGUCAAACCUUGUUGAGUGAUGAAAACUGCAUCCCCCCCCCCUUUUUUUUCUGUACAUAGCGCUGAAUUAAAACUGAUUUUGUGCGAGUUCCGUUUUGGAACCGCUGUAAAUCUUGUUAUCUAUAUUAAAUCUGUAAAGUGCAUUUGUGGUUGUUUAUCUUUUAAAUGUUGCAUUCUCACCCUUUAGCUCGAAUAUUUCAAAUGAAAAUAGCUUGGUUGAAACAGCCAAGUAAGUACUAAAACUGGAGAUCAACUGACAAUAGUAGUAGUGUGUUUUUAGCAUCAAUUAUGCCAUGUUGCACUGUUUGCAUAUUGCAGACAAGAUUGAAUCCAACUUUGGGAACUAGCAUUUAAUAGCUGUGCAAGCAGUGUUAGCUUGGUUAUUUCUGUUCUAUUUGAACAGAGAAAUUUGUGCAUGUGCAUGAUCAAUGUGUUUGUGUGUGGACCUUUCUUUCAUGCGAGGGGUGUGAACAUGCUAGCAAGUCCAUGGUUGCUACAGCUGUAUGCAGUGAAUGAAGUUUGUGUGGCUGGUGUAGUGUGAAUGUGGGGGUUUAUGGCUGCAAGUGCCCUUGCAUUCCAUUAAUUAAUAGACCUCUCUUUUUUAAUGUGAGGCAGCAGUAGUCUUGUUUUAUUUCUUUAGCUCCACCAUAAUACAUGCUCCAAGUUGUUUUUUUCUCUUCCUCACUCAUUCAUAAAUAGUAAAAACUUGCAUUUAUCAUUGCUCUCAAAACUUAAAAGGUGCCCGCAUCUGUACAUACAGGAAUAGGAUUCCUGGCUAGAAAUUUUCUCUCUUUUCACACAUAUGUGGCCAUUAUGUGUGUCUGCCUUAUGUUACAUAUAAUUUGAUCAUCAAUGUAUAUGAACUCGGUAUGUACAAAAUGGUUUUGGAAGUUAUACAGGCCAACAUAAAAUGCUGUGCAGUCAACUAUAUCAUGCACAGGUUUCUUGUCCAAGUGUGUAAAUACACUAUCAUAUUGAAGCGGU